AUGGCAUUUCAGCAAGAGGCCGUAGGAAAGCUGUGGGAGGAGCUCGGCCGCGGCUACAAUCUCAGCGCCAAGCUUCUGGCUUUGCUCAGCCAACCCAGCCACCUCCUCGAUAGCCAUUGCCAGGAGAUGGCUGUGGCCAUAAGCCAAGAGCUUUCUCAGGUGUUCAGGGCGUCUCUGUCGAUGUUCAACCCCGGCAACAGUGGUAGGAUGGUGGAAGGCAGGGCGACAGCGCCCGAGGCUGCGAUCAUGGAGGGUAGCAUCAGCCAGGCCACUCCGGCGAUCAUCAGUGGGGAAGAGGUUACUCCCCCAAGAAUAGGUAAAGAAGAGGAGAUUACAGCCGAGCCUUACAAGGAUGGUUACAAAUGGAAAAAAUAUGGGCAAAAGAACAUUAAGAACAGGAAGUUUGCAAGCGGUAUAUUCAGUAAUGACUUCAUAGUCAAUAAGCUGUCAACCAACAAAAGGUUGUACUUCCGAUGCAUGCAUAGCCAUGAGCGCGGCUGCAGGGCGAAGAAGCAGGUGCAGCAGCAGGAUAGCAGCAUCGGCAGUCCUCCAUUGUACAAGGUCAUUUACCUGAACGAGCACACAUGCCACCAAGCGUUUCCCAACGUGAACAUCACCAAUGCAAAUGUACCCGCGACGAGCACUACGACAAGGAACGGCGCCGACUUUGAUCAUGCACGCCGCCACCUCCACGUCGGCGGGAACGGCGAGUUAGAGGACAGAAUCAUGACCUCGACCUUCAGCACGGUCAUCGGCGGAGCUGCCCCUGCUGCUCCGUCGUUGUCGCCCUUGCAGUCGCCGCCUCCCGUGGAAGCGAGCCCGAGCGAUCCGGCGUCGUACGACACGGGUGGCGGACAGUCGCCGAGCCUGCUGGACUUGAGCAUGUGCCUCGACGAGACGAUGAUGGACGAGAUGUAUUUCUCGUGCGGUUCGCCAUUUCGUCCGGUCGAGGCACCCGCAGCUCCAUGGUCGUUGUCGUCCUUGCCACCGCCGCCGCCGCCGCCCAUAGAAGCGAGCUCGAUUGAUCCGGCGGCGUACAUGCCGUCCCGCGGUGGACACUCACUGAGCCUGGACGCGAUGACGAUGGCGGAGAUUUUUCUCUGGAGCAGCCCGCUAUUUUCUCCACGUUGA